AUGAGGCUCGAUCCUCUGCCAGCUCCUCCCAGGUUGAGAUGUCGAUGUUGGCCGACUUCAUGUCUCUUUUGCAUAUGUCGGUAAAUUCAGAGAGAGCGGCCCGUGUCUAUUUCCAUGGCCGCCAUCUUGGUUGCCUCGACCCGCGCACUUUUAUGUGUUCACGGGUCGAGGCAACCAAGAUGGCAGCCAUGGAAAAAUAAAAUAUUUCACGUUUGCUAAAAUUAGGAAGAAAACGUUAAAAAUGUAUGAAAAAAUUGUCUUAAAUCUAUCCUUAUGCCUAACCCUAACCCUAAAUCUAUCCCUAUGCCUAACCCUAACCCUAAAUCUAUCCCUAACCCUAAAUCUAUCCCUAUGCCUAACCCUAACCCUAAAUUGAUCCCUAUGCCUAACCCUAAAUCGAUCCCUAAGCCUAACCUGAACCCUAAAAACUAGCCGUAAAUCCACAGCCACAAGUGAAAACACGUGCAAUUUCACACUUUGGCAAGAAAACUAUGAAAAUUAACAAAAAACAAUAAAAAAGGGCCCCAAAUAAUUAUAAACUAAAGAAAUAAUGAAAAUCCAACUUACAGUUUCAUGAAAUACACUUUUACACACUUUAUUUCAGGUUCCAAAGAAAACAUAGCCACAAAAUGAAUAAAUCUCCACACCCCUCAGGCAUCCCAAAGAUAUCAAAUAUGGCGGAACAAAAGAAAUAUGAUAAUGAGCCAACCAAUGAAAAUUUUGAAAUUAUAAUUAAUCAACCAAUAAAAUUUUAAUUCCGAAAAUGUAACUCUUUUAACAAAAAAUAAGAAAAAAAUAUGGGGAGUGAAUCCAAAACAAAGUCAACAUGGGCCGCUCAAUCUGAAAUAGCCCAUAUGUCUAAGUAUCUCAGACGAGGCCGUCCAACUGACCUUUUCCUUGUCGCCAGCUCGCUGUAUAGCACGUCUUUUGGUAUGCGACCAGGUUGCAUUCGCUUGACGUGUCCAAGCCAGCGGAGGCGUCUUUGGAUUAACAUGGCUGGGACGCUACACAUGUUUGUUUGGGACAGGACAUCCAUGUUGGGGACUUUGUCUUGCCAUUUAAUGUCAAGGAUGUGGCGCAGGCAUCUGAGGUGGAAGCCAUUGAGCCUUCUUUGGUGGUUAGAGUAUGUGGCCCACGACUCUUUUCCAUACAGGAGUGUGCUCAGUACGCAGGCCUGGUACAUCUGCAGCUUAGAUCUUGUUGUGAGUUUGGCGUUUGACCAGACUCUUUUCUUCAGUCUGGCCAUAACAGUUGCGGCCUUCCCUAUCCUUCCACUUAUCUCAUCCUCCAUUGAGAGGGUGCUUGAUAUGUUGGAUCCCAGAUAUGUGAAACUGUCAACAGUAUCCAAGUCAUAGUCGGCGAUGGCGAUAGUGGGGUGGGAGUCAGCGUCCUGUGCCAUAAUGUUAGUUUUCUUUAGGCUAAUUGUCAGGCCAAACUCUUUGCAGGCAGCGGAUAGGCUGGAUACGAGGCUCUGCUAGCCGUCUGCUGUGUGAGAUAACAAGGCGGCAUUGUCCGCAAACAAGAACUCCUGCAGCAAGACCUUUCUUGUUUUAGUCUUAGCUCUAAGGCGGGCAAUGUUGAAUAAUUUGCUGUCAGCUCUAGUGUGGAUGUAUAUCCCCUCGCUGUUGUUUUUAAAGGCAUACUGGAAUAGGAUGGAGAAAAAGGUUGCAAAUAAAGUAGGAGCCAGCAUGCAACCUUGGUUUACUCCACUACCCACUGGAAAAGCUUCUGGGGCGGCACUGUUAUAGCACACUGUGCCCUGCAUGUUUUCGUGGAACUGCUUGAUGAUGUUAAGCAGUCGUGUAGGGCAGCCUAUCUUUUUGAGGAUUUGAAACAGGCCGCUUCUGCUGACAAGAUCAAAAGCCUUAGUGAGGUCGACAAACACAAUGUAUAAAGGCAUAUGUUUCUCCUGCAUUUCUCCUGCAGCUGGCGCAGAGAGAAGAUCAUGACUAUGGUUGACCUACCGGCGCGAAAACCACAUUGCGAUUUUGGGAGUACACGCGAUGCUAGGGUCUGUAGGCGUGUUAAUGCAACUCGGGCGAAAGCCAUUCCAACAAUGCUGAGGAGGAAGAUUCCACGAUAGUUGUUGCAGUCACUCUUGUCUCCUAAUUAAUGAUGGUAAUAAUAUGUAAAUAUUUAAAUACUAGGUAUAUAUUAAAAUAUGGCAUAGGCUAUUUAUUAUUGAGUAGUAUUAGUAUAAUUAUAAAAAUAUAAGUGUGUGACCUUUCAUUAAUUCCAGGUAGAAUUAUUGUAUAAGCAUACAAAAAGUUCAUAAAUAAAGGGGUGGGUAAUCAAAAUGCGAACACCUUACUUUUUCCAAAUACAACCUAAGUUUAGUUUCAAUGCUAGAGGGCAAAGAGGAGAAUUAGAGAGGAAUCCAUUAUUACCAUCAUUACUAUUAUUACCAUCAUUACUAUUAUUACCAUCAUUACAAUUAUUACCAUUAUUACUAUCAUUAAUUGAACAAUGAGAUAACAGAAUUUUGAUAUCUUCAGAUCAUUGAAAUCUGUACUAGCUUUUAAAGCCCAAAUGGCAGCCAUUCCAAAAGAACGACCCAAGCAAGAAUUUGACAUUGAUGGACGCCAGAUCAUAGAUGGAAGUGUUUUGGAAGGGGUAACCACAUACUUAUGCUUUCUAUUUAUAAUCUUAUGGUUUUAUUCACUUAAAAUUAAAUAUCUUUGUUUAUUCUUAGUGUCUAACAAAAUAUUCUUAGUGUCUAACAAAAUAUUCUUAGUGUCUUACAAAAUGUUUCAUAAUAUCUAAAGUUUUUUUUUCACUAAUGUUACAGUAAAUGAUUGUAGCAGCUUCAGCUGUAAAGGGUUCUUAAUUGAAAUGAUAUUGGACUUUGUAUUCGUAUUUAGUGACAAAAAUUCACCUCAUAGCAUAUUUAAAUGUUUUAUUUUACGAGCAAAGUAUUAUUUCACUUUAAAUAAACUGAUAUCUGUACAGGGUGGUCAGAUUUUACGUAAUGCUGCUGCUCUGUCAUGCAUCCUGGGUAUACCCAUAAGAGUGACAAAUAUCCGUGCUGGCAGAGACAAACCAGGUUUAAGGUAAUAAGCAUUGCGCUAGUUCUUUUAUAUGCAUCUUUAUUUGUUAUACCAACAUUUUUUAAAGAUAAUUUCGUCGAGUGACUUUGUUCCUAUAAUCAAGAUGUUAAAUGUUAAUUCUAACAAACUUGUUCAUUUUAAAAAAUGUAUUACGAACUUGUCUGAGUUCACAAAUCGAUUCUUGUAAUUAUCAGAUUUCUGUUUUUUAUGUCAGUUAAGUAAAAUUUAUAAAUAAAAAUGCAAAUAUAAUAGAUAACUGUGUAUACUUUCAUAAAGGAUAGGUGGAUAGGUGGCAUCUGUAAUUUGCAGUUGUCAAAUUGAGUGUUUGCGUUUGACCUACGAAUAGGUCACAUCCUUAGUUUGGGGAGUUACAUGGGCCCUUUUUAAUGUAAAUAUUGCUAACAUUUGUUAAACAGACAUUACAAAAAUGUUUUCAUAAAAACUUGAGAUCUGAAAGGCAAUCGUCAUAAAUUAUGUGAUCUUUAAUAAAUAUAUUUUAAAAAAAUAUUGGAUUUCCCUCUUCACAAGCGGAAGUGAGAGCAAAGGAGAAAAUGAUUCUCUGACUUUUUGUAUAAAUGGCUAACUACUCCACACUGUUUAACAGUAAGUGAAAUUGAUGUUGAGUGGAAAGGUUGCGCCCCCGAUUCAUAUAAAAGUGCAGCAUGUUGGUGAGUAUAUAGGGUACUGCAAAUUUGUUUCUCAGUUUUUAGACCAACCUUUUUUGUUGCUUCUCUUUCUCAGACCUCAGCAUAUGACCGGACUGAACUUGAUAGCAUCACUUUGCAGUGGCAAGCUUGAGAAAUGUGCUGUAGGUUCAUGUGAGAUCACAAUGGAUCCUGGUCCUAUCAGAGCUGGUCACUUUGUCGCAGACACCAAGACAGCAGGGUUUGUUCAUGCAGCCAGGCACAAUUAUUUAUUUAUGAACUAUGUUUAUUUCUUCCUGUGAAUGGUUGUUCAAUAUCAAAUACAUUAUUUAAAUGUAUGUUACUUAGCUUAAAUUACUUAGCUUAAAUUUCUGCUUCCAAUUAUAAGUAAAGUUUUAUUGUUGAAUUUUUGUAAAUCUCUUUUGUCACAUCAGGAGCAUAUGCUUGUUGAUGCAGGCUGCUCUCCCCUGCCUGCUGUUCUCCCCUGCUGACAGCUCAUUGCAACUAAAAGGCGGAACAAACUGCGAUAUGGCUCCUCAGAUUGACUACACUACAAUGGUAAUUAUUUUGUUACAUUCAUUCAUUUCAUUAAUUUUUUUUAGUACAUUCAUCCAUUUCAUUACAUUCAUUAUUUUCAGCAAAUUUUUUGGACAAUCUAGCAUUUCUCAUACAUAUAAUAUAAACAAUGAAUGGGUUAAAUGUGACAGUAUAUCAUGUUCACAGGUUGAAUAGCCCCACCCCUCCCCUUUCCAUCACCCCUUUUCAACAACAUUUUUGCUAGAAAUUAAGAUAUAUCUUGACUUUUUUAAAAGCUGUUGUUAUAGAGAAUUUCUACCAGUAUUUCAUAUUUAACCAGUCAAAUUUAUUUUCAGAUAUUCAAACCAAUUGCUGAGAAAUUUGAAAUGCAUUUUGAAGUGGACAUCAAGAGAAGGUAAGCUCACGGUUUUAAAUUCAGAUAACCCACGCUUCACUCUGUCACACACCUCUUAUUAUAUAUGGCAAUCCCAUAUUGUACACUUCACUCAGUCACACACUUCUUACAUAUGGCAAUCAUGUUAAAUUCAUGUUGUUUACUCAUUCUAAACAUACCAGUUUGAAAAUAAGUGCACACAAAUUGAACAAGUUUAAACAGUGAGCUCCAAAAUGUCAACACUUGUUUAUUUAAUACUUAAGUUACAUUCCUUAAUAAAAAAAUCUCACUUCAUUAGUUUGGUUCACCACUUUUCAUAGAAUGAAAAAAAAAUAAAUACAUUUUUAAAUGCUAAUUUGUUAAUUAAUUUUUUGUUCUCAUUCUGGAUUUUUUCCUGAGAUUCAGUUUAUUUUGUGGUAAAUACCAGCUUGUGGACAGCUACUCCCUUGAACCCAUAACAACCCGGUAGUUGAACUUAAGUAUACUAUAUUGAUAACAGCAAGGCUUUGUAUAAAGUUAAUUAUUCCACAGGGGAAGUAUGUAUGCAGGAGGGAGGGCACCUGUUGUAGACAUUGUGAUAUUGGUAGGAUUUUAAUUUUGAGAUUUAGACAUUGUGAUAUUGCUAGGAUUUUAAUUUUGAGACCAGGCUGCCAGGCAGACUUGUUUUGUGCCUUGCUGCAUGUCACAAAAUCCUAACUUUGACAUAAAAUAUUAUUUGUUACCAACUUAAAGAACAACAACAAUAUUUUUAGUUGGUUGCAGCCAUUGUAAAUCUACUACAAGAAAAUUAAAAGUUGUAGACACAACAAAGCAAUAGACAGUGAUCAUUAAAACUUGUGGUGUUGUGCUUAUUUGUAAAAGUUAUACAUUUUAUAACAAAAUUGUUAACUUCUUACCUCUUUUGUAAAAUCUUUUGAUCACGUUUACACAUAUAUUUGUUAACAUUAAUUUCAGAAUCAGUUGACUGAAAGUAUGUAGGGUAAGUCAGAAUCAUUUGACUGAAAAUAAAUAAGUCAACACAUAUUCCUCUUGUUUUCUUGCAGGGGUUAUUACCCUAAAGGUGGGGGUGAAGUGGUGGUCACAUCUCAUCCCACCAAAUGCCUUGUUGGUGUCAGUGAUGCACUUUCACAGCGAGGAGAUCUGGUCAAGAUUUAUAGCAGAUCAUUUGUGGCUGGGAACCUUCCAGAACAUGUGAGUAAUAAUAUUGCUUGGUUGUGAUAACUUCACUUGGUAUGUGAUUAUAUAAAUCGGGCUCCGAUAACUUCUGUGGGUCUGUGAUAACAUCAGUUGGUCUGUGAAAAUGAACUGGGUCAAUGAGACAAGUCAGCACAUAGAUUACCAAUACAAUAGAAAAUUUAAUUGCCAGGUCAUUCAUUUGCUGUGUUGUAACGAUAUUAUUAUUAUUAAGUCAAAUUCUGAAAUUUAAAAACUCCCUGUUAUUCUUUAAACAUAAUGGUAAAAAUUUCAUACACUGUCCUCUAUUUCCAAAGUGAAGGGUCAUUAACUGAAUGUGCAGAAUACUUGACUCUGAAAAAUAAUAAAAAAUACUACAAUCAAGAAAGGAAAGGACUAUAUAAUAACUGAUGAUAAAAUAAAUAGUAAAAUUAAUUAUAAUGCAAUAAAUGAAGAAGUUAACAAAAUUACACUGCAGAGGGUUUGUGUAAGUUUUUUUACUUCUUCAUUUAUUGCAUUAUAACACACACCAUUGCAUUAUAACACACACAAUUGCAUUAUAACACACACAAUUGCAUUAUAACACACACAAUUGCAUUAUAACACACACAUACAAAUACAACAAUGAACGUGAUUGUCAGCAGUUUUCUGAAUAGCAUAGGAUAAACAAUUAUAUUAACAUGACGGUUUCAUCUCCAGCUGGCUAACAAAGUGUCUCAGAGUAUCAGUAAAUCUGUCAGGCAGAAUUUCCCCAAAGUUGAGUUGAAGCAGGACAGUUUGAAGGAACCUGAAGGAGCAGCAGUCGGUUCAGGACUUGGUGCGAUGUAAGACAUAAAUAAACAAAAUUCAAUGUAACUAAUUAAUUUAACCAUUAGGUGGCAUGUAUGUGAUAAAAGAUUCAAUAUAAAAAAUUAAGUUAACAAUUACGUGACUUUUAUGUAAUAAAGAUUCAAUGUAACUAACUAAUUUAACCAUUAGAUGGCAUGUAUGUAAUAAAAGAUUCAAUAUAACUAAUUGAGUUAACAAUUAGGUGACUUCUAUGUAAUAAAGAUUCAAUGUAACUAACUAAUUUAACCAUUAGAUGGCAUGUAUGUAAUAAAAGAUUCAAUAUAACUAAUUGAGUUAACAAUUAGGUGACUUCUAUGUAAUAAAGAUUCAAUGUAACUAAUUAAUUUAACCAUUAGAUAGCAUGUAUGUAAUAAAAGAUUCAAUAUAACUAAUUAAGUUAACAAUUAGGUGGCAUCUAAGUAGCUAUGCAAAUAAAGAAAAAAAAAUAAAAGCUUAUGGGUUUUCUCAUACCCUACAUUAAAUACAUGUUGUUGUUUUUUUUAAAAGAGCAACAUUCAUUUAUUAGUAAACUACACUGUUAUCUGCAUGAGAUUACUUUUCUCUUAUUUUUCUAUCAAAGCCUUUUAAGACUAACCUUGUAUUCAUGACUUUAUUUGAUCUAUUACAGUGUUGUGGCUGAGACAAGUACUGGUUGUUUGUUGGGUGGCUCAGCAUUAGGAAAGCCAAGUGAGAUGAAGUUUCAAUUGUUUCUUUGAUUUUACCAGAUCAUUUUAGUGAAAAAUGAUCUGGUAGAAAUAGUUAGGUUAAAAUAUGUAGGUUAAAAAUAUCUUUAAAUGACUGUUUUUCAAGUUUAUUAACUGUCUAGAAAAUCAACUUACUCAUGUAUCUUUUUCCACCAAACAUUGAAUCCUGUUAUUGUUUCCAAUGAUGUAUUAUAUGUUUCCACCAAACAUUGAAUCCUGUUAUUGUUUCCAAUGAUGUAUUAUAUGUUUCCACCAAACAUUGAAUCCUGUUAUUGUUUCCAAUGAUGUAUUAUAUGUUUCCACCAAAUAUUGAAUUCUGUUAUUGUUUCCAAUGAUGUAUUAUAUGUUUUCCACCAAACAUUGAAUCCUGUUAUUGUUGUUGUUUCAGGAUCACCAGCAGAGGAGACAGGUGCCGCUGCUGUUAGAGAACUUGCUGAGGCUGUCAGCAGUGGAGGUUGUGUUGACCAGCAUUUACAAGAUCAGGUCAGGCUACUUUCUUGGUCAUACAAUCUGAUAGAUUGGGUUGUUCAACGUUGGUACUGAUUGUUUGGGCUGUUCAGUGUUGGUACUGAUAGUUUGGGCUGUUCAAUGUUGGUACUGAUAGUUUAGGCUGUUCAAUGUUGGUACUGAUAGUUUAGACUGUUCAAUGUUGGUACUGAUAGUUUAGACUGUUCAAUGUUGGUACUGAUAGUUUGGGCUGUUCAAUGUUGGUAUUGAUAGUUUGGGCUGUUCAAUGUUGGUACAUUUGUUUACAAUCUGAUAGAUUGGGCUGUUCAAUGUUGGCACGUAAACCCUAAUAGAUUGACAAUCUAACCAAGUUAUCAAAGUCUUCCAGUCACAGCUGAAUAGAAAACUGCUAAAAUGAGUCUAAAUGAGAGAUUUAACAAACUUGUUUUGCCUAAGAUGCUUUAUACAAUGCUAAGCUGUUUUCAAAAUCCAUUUUAAAAUAAUAGAUAUUUGCCUUGUAUUUUCAAUUUAAGUUCACAGAUACACACUGAAUUAACUUCAUGUUUGGAAUUUAAAAAAAAUAUUUAAUUUUAUUUACACUUCUAACAGAUUAUUACACCAAAUUAUAUACACCAAAUUAGAAAAGGUUUCCAAAUUUAUACAAAUCAGCAAUUGAAUAAACAUUUCACUAAAUUAUUUACAGUAUGUUUGCUUUUGGUAACCUUAUCGCUAGUUGCCAUGAAAAAUACUUGCUAACUACCUUCAAAAUAGAUAAAUAUGAACAAAAUAAAAUUCUAUUUACAUUCUGACUCCCAUUUGAUUUUUAAAAAUAAAACUUCCUGUCAAUACAUUAAAAUCUCGAACCAAAUUGAAAUAAAGAAUAUAAAUAAAUAACUAAUUUUACUAUGAAACAAACCAUGAUGCUAAAAUCGGCUCAUGGACAUGAUAGAAGGAAAGAUUGGUGUUACCAGUGACUUAUGGUAGUUAACCAUUUAAAGAAGAACACAGCCCUAGAACAGGCUGCCUUAUUUUCUUAUUUAUUGAAUCAGUUGUAGGAUUUCCUACAUUGUAAGACUAGAAAUACAUGAACGUUUCUUUGUUUCCUCAGCUUAUUUUGUUGAUGACGUUAGCUCAAGGACAAACUAAAGUUCUGUGUGGUCCACUUACAUUACAUUCACAAACUGCCAUUCACAUAGCCAGGCUCAUGACAAAGGUAAGGAAACAAGUUUUCAUCAAUCACUUUCUUUAAACUAUUAAUAUCAUGUUGUGCAACAUAUGCAGUGACAGUUGUCAUGAAGUUCUAAAACAUGAUAAUUAGAAUUAUACAGUGACACAUUUUUCACAAGCUUGUCACCUGUUGCUAACAAUAUCACCAGAAGUAGGAAUGUCAAGAUAGCAAUCUAUUUGCUUACAUAUCUGCAGGCUGAAUUUACUGUUGAAAUGCUGGACAAGAACAAAUGUAUUCUCACUUGUGAUGGAAUCGGACAUGUCAACUCCUACCUGGCAUCAUGAUUCCACCUGACCCGAAUCUAGUGAUGACCUGGGGGUCGACCAUUGUAUUUAUUGACAUGUUGAUAGGCACAAGCUAAGGAAUAGUUUAGUUGAGCACAGUUUGCUGGUUAUGUUAUUGCUGUGUUGUCUGACACCAAUGUCUUAUGAACAAAUCUCUUGUUUUACUCUGAUGAUAUGUACAUGCAUCAUUUUAAUUUCACCUCAUUGUGCUGAACUGUUUUUACGGGUCUGGGUGGAGGGGCUUGGGGGCGGGGACACCUAACAAUAAUUUGAAAGGGGCAAGGGCCAUAACUUACCCACUCCACACCUUUCAUUAGCAGUUUCUGUUAUUACAGUUUGUGACACAUGCUACAUUGCCAGCUGGACACUGGCGAUGAGCUUGUCUUAUCCUGUGAUAACUAAGCAUUAGCUAUGAGAUCCCUGAUUAGCCUGUGAGAUUCCUGCUUUAGCCUGGGAGAAGCCUUCUUUAGCCUAUGACAAGGGUCAGGUGAUUUUUUUUAGCCAUAGCCCCCCCAAAAAUUUUGUAUAGCAGAUUUGAAAGGAAGAAAACCAUAGACUAUUUAAAUUUAAAAUGGUUUAUUGAUUUUAUUUGUAUGUAGAAUAUAAAAUUUCAUAUCAGUUCAAGAAAAUAAGUUAAUAAAAUCCUAAUUAUGGAACAAAAAAAUGUCUUUUAAAAAAUGUUGACCUCCUAUUUUGUAGAAAUGUUUCAUACAUAUAUAAGAGUGUUGGACUCCAUAAAGCUUUAAAGUAGAUUAAUUAAACACAAACAAUUAGUCUAAAUAAAAUAAUAAAUGUUCGGUUUUAAUGAUGAUUUUACAAAAUACGAGUGUAAGCGUUUCAGCAAAUGCCUUCAUCAGUACAAAAAACGAAACAUUUAAAUAAGUAUA